UGAACGCCCGAGCGCUGAUACUCGGAUCGGAGCGUGUCGGAGUUUCAGAUAAUGAGCGGCAUUGUUUUUAUAGCGAUCGGAUAUUUCGCCUGGUAUUUUCUUUCCCUAAAGACAUUUUCCAGGAGAAGUGCGAACAGUUUAAUAGGCGAUUGAACGGAUUUGGACGAGUGUUAAAGAGUUUUAAAGGGACAAGCCGGACUUUCCCCUUGCGGCCGGGUUUAUACGAUUAUUUAUUAGAGAAAUGCUCUUAAUGUUUUGGUGGUGAAACAAGAGAUAUUCCCAGUAUCCAUUUGAGAUCAUGGCCGAAGCGCGAGCGGAGGAUGAAGAGGAAAGUUUGCGUGAGACGCGCGAGGCCGUCGGCGCGAGACGAAACCAGCGAGCGCCCAGUACCGCACCAGAUCGAGCAGAUAGGAACAAGCCUGAACACCGCCAAUCCAGCACUCAAGGCGCGCUCUCGUCCAUCAGGGCUGUGAUAAAAAGGACGUCCACCAGAACGCCUGCUCCGACUGAUCCACACAGGGACAGACGGCGUCCUGAGAUCACUAUUCUUGCAGCUGAACCUCUGGCCACAAACUCUUGGUUCACAGGGGCACCUGGGUCAUUUCCCCCUGCACCUCCUCCCCCUGCUCAGCCAUCUUGGUCUGGCUCUGUUACAGUACAGCUUCCACCACCAUCAUAUGAACAGGUGAUUAGAGAAAAAAGUCGGGAGCAGAACACCCAGACUUCCUCUGUCGCUGCUUCCUCCUCCUCCUCCUCCUCCUCCUCCUCCUCAUCGCCGUCCUCCUCGUUAUCAUCAAACUCGUCAUCCUCCGCUCCACCACGUCAUACCACCACCAUCGCCACACAGACCGACCCUGAGACGCUCGAGCCUCAGAGCUGUACCAGACCCCAGAUGCGCCGGCCCCCAAAACCACCUCGUCCGUCCCUCCCACUCGCUCCGAAACCUGCCGAGCCAGUCCUUAUGCACAUGCACUCUUUGAUUGAACUAGACGAGCCUGAUCCCUCCUGUUCCACACACACUCCAACACACCCUCCUGGUGGAGCUCAGACUCACUUCACUCACACACUGGAACCCUUGACUCCCAUCACUGCUGACUCCUCCAACAUUACUCAUAAGUCUCAGCCGCAGGUCCCAGUGAAACAGGAGGUUAUGGGACACCCCAGGCCACGGCCACGCUCUAAAGCCCUACAGCACUCAGUGAUUAAAGAGGAGCCUCUGGAUCAGCCAGAAACCAGAGAGGUCAAAGUCCAGACCUUGGUGCGCCUUAAAGACAAUGGUACAGAGAGUGUAUUUUCCAGUUUUACUGAUAAUUCUUUAGACAUCGCAUCUAAUAAGUACUUCCAGGACCUGUUAGACGUCUUUGGCUACGAUAAACAGGACGACCGUAUUAAUGAAAUGGAGAAAACUGAGAAGAGUGUAGAAGAGGAAAGCGUUUCUACUGAACGCUGUUUGGAUUCCACUAUUGUGUGUGAACCUUCAGAAACGAAAACAAGACCAGAACCACGACCAAGAACCCAGAAUCCCAAACCGCUUGUCACUGCAAAACCAUAUAACCCAACACCAAAUGUGGAGGACACCAGAAUUCCUUCAGAAGAACAAAAUAAGCCAUUGGUUCACCCAGUUCCUGCUCCUAGACCCCUCGUGAAAAAAUUACCCGUAUCUCAGCAGCAGGGUUCCUUCGAAGUAAAAAACGAGCCCUAUCGACUUCGGCCACCUCCCAGACCUCCUUUAGCUGCUCGCAAGUCUGGAGCUUUUACUCAGGAAGAUGUAGUUCAGCCUGGAGAAAUGCCCUUUAACUCCUCAAGAAGGAAAAGUUCAGAAGAUCAGGACUCAAGUACGGCUGCUUCUGGGAAGCCUGUAGUACUCACAUCCUCCAGCAGAGGCGGGGAAAAAUGUCCAGCUAAACCGCAGUCCCAGAGGAGGUUACAGCCCCCAAAACACACUCCUAAACACACUCCUGCACAGGAUGCUGUCAGUGCUGCAACUGUAACCAAAUCUGGCCCAUCACCACCACAUCACGCCAGUGAGGGCAAGCCGCUUCCUCUGCGUCCGCCGCCAAUCAAGUCGAGCAAAUCCGCAGGUUCCUCUACGAGGGGAGUCAAACGAGGGCCACUGCUGCCACCGAGACCAAAACCUGGGCAUCCUCUCUACAGGGAGUAUACGAGCAAAAUCCCUCCAGUUAACACCACAGAAACCCCCCCUAGCAGUGAUCCUGAAGAAUCCUAUUUGCAGAAGGAGAACCUUCUUGUUUUUCUCGAUGCCUCAUCAGGACCAACCAAGACACCAGGCAUUCCAGGAGUUGGAACAGGUCAACAUCAGGAUGAACCGCUGAAGAAAGAGCCACAGACAGUGGUGCAGCAGCCUGAGACGAACACCAGUGUCAGGUAUCGAGCUCGUUUCGCGUUCGACGGCGAUGACGGCGAGCUGACGUUGCGUGCCGGCGAUGUCAUAACGCUCACGGAGAAUGUGAAUGAUGAGUGGGGGCGUGGCAGACUCAACGGACGCACGGGGCUCUUCCCUUUGAAUUUUGUCGAGCUCAUUCAGGAAAGUCAAGCGGAGAUUUUGACACUUGAGUCACCAGACCCUGCCGUGUGUGUAGAGGAAGGGCUGACGGGUCGAGCGCUUUACAAUUUCACUCCCGAGUCUGAGGAUGAACUCUGCCUCAAGGUCGGGGACGUCGUGUCCUCCCUGGAGGAGGUGGACGAGGAGUGGUUCGUAGGGGAAUUUGCCGGCCGACGUGGCAUCGUCCCGAAAAAUUACAUCCAGGUGCUUUAAAACGAGGUCAAGAUGGACACGAGGGCGAAUGUUUACAUGCGGAAAGUAAAAAGUGACGUGGUUCGUACCCUCGGCCUACUGCUACUUUAACGAACUCCAACACAAUCAAGUAGAGACUGUAGAGGGCCCAUUCCUCACUCACUGACCGGUUUGUCUAUUAAUGUGUUUUAUAUCCAUCCCAAAGCCAAAUGACCAUGUUGUGUUGGAGUUUAAUGUAACUGGACUGUGAAGAGAGCUUGAGAUUUGACAGACUAACACUAGAUUUUUAAAGCUUUUAGAUGUAAUAAUGAUUUGGCUUUUUACGAAUUAAAUUUUUAAAAAUUUUUAAUUUAAUUUCUUCCCCCUACUGUACUGACACUGUGAAUAAUGAUUUCCCACUGAUCUCCUUAAUAGUAUGGUACUUUUUACACUAUGUGGUGAGAAAAACCCAAAGAAUCCUAACCCCAGAAUGAAUCCAGAUAAAUUAUUAUACUUUGUGAGACUGGUUAUAAUCACAAAGCCAUGAAUUCACUCAUUUCUUUCUCUGCAGAAUCGUAUACUGAGGUAUUAUAAGUGCAUGAAUCACUUAAAAACAUGUCAUAUGUAGAGCAGCUGGGAAAGCGCUUUGUUUUAAAGCUCUUCAUUUUCCUGUAAUAAAAUCUUAGUCACAAUGUAAA